AUGUCUCAGCCACCUUCAGAAUCAUCACCUCUAAUACCCAGAGAGCCCGCCACAGAGCAGCCCUGGGGCACCAAAUACCUAACCCAACCCGACUCAUCCUCAAUCACCUCAUCCGUCUCCUCAAGCAUGGACCUCACAGACGUCCUCCGCGACGUCAUCAUCGGCUUCUCAGACGGCCUCACCGUCCCCUUCGCCCUCACGGCCGGCCUCUCCAGCCUCGGCAGCACAAAGCUCGUCAUCAUGGGCGGCAUGGCCGAGCUCUUCUCCGGCAUGAUCAGCAUGGGCCUGGGCGCCUACCUCGCCGCCGUCACCGAGCGCGACCACUACGACUCCGAGGAGAAGCGCCAGCUCACACAGGCCGGCUGCUCCCUGCCCCAGGAGCAGCGCGACGACAUCUUCUGCAUCCUGGAAAAGUACAGCGUCUCCCGCGAGGCCGCCGCCCCGCUCGUCGACGAGCUGUGCAAGAGCCGCGACCAGUGGAUUCGUUUCCGCAUGGACUUUUCCCUGCGUCUCGAGAAGCCAAACAUCCACCGCGCCUGGGUCUCCGGCGUCACCAUGGGCCUGAGCUACUUUGUUGGUGGAUUAAUCCCCAUGAUCCCUUACUUCGUCAUGAACAAGGUUGCCGACGCCCUCUUCGUCUCCAUUGCCGUCACCGUCGUCAUCCUCCUGGGCUUUGGAUACGUCAAGAACUAUGUCGCGAUUCGGAAUCACAGGGCCGGUCUAUGGGGCGCUAUCCAAACGCUGAUAAUAGGCGUCUUGGCUGCCGGAACGAGCUACAUCCUUGUCAAGGCGCUGGACAGAACAGAUGUAUAA